AUGGAUCCAAGGAAUCCGUAUAGCCAGUCUGUUGGUUAUACGGGCCUUCUUUACAGUCAACACGAAAGUGUUAAUGAUAGAAACUCUCCUUAUGAGAGUUUUCCUUCUGGAUCUUCACAGAUCCCCCAAUUCAGUUCUCAACAGGGUGAGGCUCCAACUCCACCCGCACAUCCACCCGUAGAGCGUGGGAGGAGACACAAAUGGACCCCAGCCGAAGACGAGAUGCUGAUCACUCUUUCUGGUGGAGAUAGUGUUGAAAGUAGCGAGCAUGUCCACUACAAGCAGAGGUGGCACAAAAUCAGCAAUGACACUUCCAAGUUUUGUGAUGCAUAUGCGGCUGCAGAGAGACAGAUAUCUAGUGGUCAGCAUGAGAACGAUGUACUAAAGGUGGCCCAUGAAAUAUUCUUCGCGGACCAGGGGUCCAAAUUCACACUGGAGCAUGCGUGGUGUGUGUUGAGGUAUGAGCAGAAAUGGCUCAACCUCAACAGCACUAAAGCUUCUGAAAGUUCUAAUAAGAGGAAAACCGUUGAAUCAGAUUCCCAAACUUCAACCACAAGUGUUGGUGAAGAAGAGAUACGCCCUGAAGGUGUAAAGGCUGCAAAAGCUAAACGUAAUGCAAAUGGGAAGUCUGUUGAUUACUAUAUGACGGUACUUGAACUGAGGAAGGUGGAUUUGGAUAGGAAAGAAAAACUCCAGAAGCUAGCCAUCUUAGACACUCUCCUAGCAAAAACCGAACCACUCACUGAGGCUGAAGAAGCAGCCAAAAACAAGCUCCUCGCCAAAUAUAUUUAG